CUGUGGGUGAGCCGUCUACCUGUUAUAUGAAGUCGUUGGUUUCUACUAAUCAUUUUAUCCCAUAUAUCUAAAUAUUUCAAAAACUCUGAAUUUGUCAAUACGUUUUGGCAAUACAUUAAAAUUGGUACCUUACUUAAAAGUUUCAGUAUGGUUUGGUGAGAAACGGCGAUUAAAAUAAUAAUCGUGUUAAUAGGGGUUAUAUUAAUUGUUUGUGUUGGGGAAAUUUGGAUGACGAUUGUUGAUUGAAGAUGGAAACUCAACAACCAAAUAAAAAAAUUAGAAGAAGCAGUGAGCAGGAUAUUGCUAAGUCAUUUACGCCUCGAGAUUACCAGAUCGAAAUACUGGAAGCUGCAAAGAGAGAAAAUGUAAUUGCUUGUCUUGGUACUGGAACUGGAAAGACUUUUAUAGCAGUUAUGCUUAUUCGUGAACAUGCAGAUGAAGUUCGUGUGCCUUUUGCUGAAGGCGGGAAAAGAAUUUUUUUCCUUGUACCAACAGUUCCACUGGUCUUGCAACAAAGAGAUACCAUCAAUGAUCAUACAGACCUCAAAGUUCAAGGCUAUUAUGGUGAAAUGGACGUAGAUUCAUGGAGUAAAGAACAGUGGGAGGAACAGUUUAAAACCUAUGAAGUAUUAGUAAUGACUGCAGAGAUAUUCCGGAUAAUUGUUGAUCAUGCUUUCAUCUCACUUAGCAAAAUAAAAUUAUUAGUCAUUGAUGAGUGUCAUCGGGCUCAAAAAGAUCAUCCAUAUAGGCAAGCAAUGAAAUGCUUUUUGAAUAUAGAGCCUUCUGAAUUGCCAAAAAUUUUUGGCUUGAGUGCAUCAUUGUUAAAUGGAAAAUGUAAACCUUCACAACUGGAGAAAAAUUUGCGUGAGCUUGAGAAAACUCUUAGGAGUACUAUUAUUACAGCAAGUGAUGUAAGUGAAAUACAGAAAUAUGGAACAGAUCCAGAAGAAAUAGCUAUAUUUUAUCAUGCAUCUGGGUUUACAGAUUCAUAUCUUAAAGAAGAAAUUGUAAAUUUAUCGAAUGAGUUAAAACUUAAAAAAUCAGAGUUUUCUAGAGAUGAAGCUUAUUCUUUAGAAAGUGAAUUACUAUUUGAGAAACAAUUCCGCUAUUCUUCAGAAGGUGUUAUAUUUUUUGAUAAACCAUUGCGCUGUUUAAAUGCUGUAUGUGAAACUUUAGAAAACUUGGGUUUGUGGUGUGCAUGUACUGCUGCUAAGAUUUAUUUGAAAGAAGUUACCAUUCUUUGUGAUCGUCCAAUUAUGGAAAAAUAUCUGAAAAUUCUUGAAAAGAUUCAAAAAUUUUUUGAGGAUUUUAUAAAAAAGUGCGAAAUUUUGUUGCAAAAAAAUGAAAAUAGUAUGCCUCAUAAAUUAAAAAGAUUACUCGAAAUAUUUUUUGCUGUAAAACAAAGUAAAAAAUUUAUUAAUGAGCUGCCCGAUACCUCUGAUGUCACAUUUGCAGAAGAUCCUGAAGAAUAUUUUGUUAACAGUAAGCUAAUGCAGAAAUAUUCAAAUUGUUCAGACAUAAAUGUGUGUUCCAUCGUUUUUGUAGAGCAAAGAAUUACUGCCUAUGUUUUAUAUCAGUGGAUAUUAUAUAUGACAGAGAAAUAUCCUGCCCUUGCAUUUUUAAAACCUAAUUUUAUUGUUGGUCAUGGUAAGGCUAACUUUGCAGAAACUUCUAUGACAGAGAAGAAACAAAAAGAAAUUGUGUCUAGUUUUCGUAAAAACGAGUGUAAUAUUUUGAUUGCAACUUGUGUUUUGGAAGAAGGAAUGGAUAUACGACAGUGUAAUUUAGUAAUACGUUUUGAUUUGCCCAAAGAUUUUCGUUCAUAUGUUCAGUCUAAGGGAAGAGCCAGAGCUAGAAAUUCUGUAUAUGUUCUUAUGAUACAGGAAGGUAUUGUUUCUUCGAACUUUUUGAUGGAUAUGUCUAACUUUAAAACUAUUGAACAGAUGCUGUUAUCAAAAUGUCACAAUCGUGCAAUGCCAAGUGAAGAUGAAAUUUCAAUUCACAUGGCUGACAGUUUGAUCCCUCCAUAUAUGCCUCAUGGUCCUCAUGGUGCACGUAUCACAAUGACUUCUUCCAUCUCCCUAAUAAAUAGAUAUUGUGCUAGCUUGCCCUGUGAUAUGGCCACAAAGUUAACACCACGAUGGGAAAUAAAAAUUGUGGAUCCUGAAUCUAAUGAGAAGGAAUAUUACUGCAGAUUGCGUAUGCCAAUAAAUUCACCUUUAAGGCAGAUAAUUACUGGUGACAUUAUGAAACAAAAAAGAUUAGCAAAAAUGGCUGCUGCAUUGAAAGCAUGCAAGUUAUUAGAUGAAUGUGGUGAAUUAAAUGAACAUUUAGUGCCUGUAAGUUGUUUAGUGGAUAAAGCGUUAGAAGAAGAAUUGGGUCCAUCUGAGGAAGAAAUUACUGAUGGAGUUCAACCUGGAACAAAGAAAAGAAAACAGCCUUAUAAGAAACAUGUUCCCAUAUUCUUGAGAGAUUGUAGACCAACUUCAUCAAUUUGUUGUUACCUACAUAUUUUUGAGAUGGAUCUUGUUGAACCUUUGCCAGAUUGUCUAAAUCCAAGAAAAAGACCACUGUUUAAUCCUAAGGAUACAUCAAGAGGUGUUGCUUUGUUAUCAUCAAAGAUACUGCCUUCAGUUAAUCCAUUUCCAAUUUUUACUAAAUUUGGAAGAAUCUUGGUUAAAAUUCAUGCAUUAAAAACUUCAAUUAUCUUAGUUGAUGAGGAGCUAAAGAAAUUAGAAGAAUUCCAUAAAUUCAUUUUCUCUGAUGCAUUGUGGCUUGUCAAGGACAAAGAAUUUUCCCCUCAAUGCUCUCCUUUUUCAUAUUACAUUGUUCCUGUAAAUAAAGAUCAUGCAGAGAAUUAUUACAUUGACUGGCCUUUUAUUGAUGCCACUAAAGUUCAUCCUUAUAAUGACAUAAAACAAAAGACAUCAACCAUAACAAGAACUCAAUUUGAUGAAAAGUUAUUUGAAUCAUCAGUUUUGAUGCGUUCUUACAAGAUGCAUGAAUGGGAAAACACUCGCCCAACUUUUCAUCAUGUUAUACAUAUUUUGUAUGAUAUGUCACCACAAAGCAGAAUGAAUUCAGAGGUAUUCAAUGACUACUAUAAAAGAAAAUAUAAUUUGGAAAUACUAAAUGAUAAGCAACCAUUAGUAGAAACUGUGCAAAGUGAUGUUCUUCAUUGUUGGAAGCCAAUAUAUAUUUCUGUAAAAGAAACUUUUGAAAAUAUGUCUGUCUUAAGCAAAACUAAGCAAAAGCAUAUGAAUUAUCAUGAAUACUUAGUUCCUGAAUUGUGUAUAAUACAUCCAUUCCCAUCACAAUUUUUUAGUAAAGUUUCUUGCUUACCAACUAUAUUAUUUAGGUUGCACUCUCUUUUACUUGCUGAAGAAAUCAGGCAGAAUGUUGCUUCUCAGGGAUUUAUUGGCUCAUUACAUUUAAAACCCACUCAUGUUUGGCCAGAAUUCAAUUUAGAAACAAGUGAUAAAGCACUGAAAGAAAAGUUGUAUAAGAAUGGUCAUAUCAAAGCUUGUGUCAGAAAUGUCACAAAACCUAAAGAUGUAAUCAAAAUUGGUGAAAAAAUUUCUAGUUUUGAAGUAAAAGUUAAAUUAUCUGAUCAUCCUGGACCUGAACCUAGCUUAAUCUUGCAAGCUUUAACAUCGAAAAGUGCUGGUGAUGAAUUUGAUUUAGAACGCUUAGAAAUGAUUGGUGAUUCUUUUCUAAAAUAUGUUAUGUCUGUGAAAACGUACAAUAAGUACUCUAAUUUUGACGAAGGAAAGCUAUCCAAAUUGAGAAGUGGCCUUAUUCAGAAUCUUCACUUAUAUCAAGUAGCCAAGAAAAAAAAGUUACCUGAAUAUAUGAUAUGUACUUGUUUCAGUUGUAAUACUACAUGGUUGCCACCUUGUCAUAUUGUUAAUGAAGUAAUUACGAAAAAAUCAUCUAGUCAGAAAGCUAAAUGUGAUGAAGAUGAUAAAAAUGCACCUGCAAAAUAUCAGCAUUUUACUGAGCAGAUCAUUUCAGAUAAAUGUACUGCAGAUUCUGUUGAAGCAUUGAUUGGAGUUUACUUACUAUCUUGUGGUCAGCAAGGUGCACUUCGAUUCAUGUACUGGUUAGGAUUAAAUCCUUUACUUAAAAACAGUUCUAUCUGUAACCAUGAUUUUGAGUCAUGGCCUCCUGUUCCUCCUGAUCCAAUUAUUGCUAAGGAAAGUGAUUUAAUUAAUCAGUCUCUGUCUCAUCUCACUAGUGGUUUCAACAGAUUUGAAAAAAUUAUUAAUUAUACAUUUAAAAAUAAGGCUUAUCUUUUGCAAGCUUUUACUCAUCCUUCGUAUGUAUAUAAUGAAAUAACUGAUUGCUAUCAAAGACUUGAAUUUUUAGGUGAUGCUGUUUUGGACUAUAUAAUAACUCGACAAUUGUAUGAAGAUCCCAAUGAUCAUUCACCAGGAAUGUUAACGGAUCUUCGUUCAGCUCUUGUCAACAAUGUAUUUUUUGCUUGGUUAGCAGUAAAACAUAAAUACCAUGAAUUUUUAAAGAUGUUAUCAUCACAUCUAUUUAGGCUGUUAAGUGAUUAUGUAAAGCGUCUGAAAAACAGUGAUGCUUUCAAGUUUUUUGAGGAAUGUGGAUAUUAUCUGGAAGAAAUUGAAUGUUUUGAGUUAGAUGAGGUUGAAGUUCCUAAAGCUUUAGGUGAUAUUUUUGAAUCUGUAGCUGGUGCUAUUUACCUUGACAGUGGGAUGUCUCUUGAUGCCGUGUGGAAUGUCUAUUAUCCAAUGAUAGAACCAGCUUUGAAGCAUUUAAGUGAGCAUGUUCCAAAAUCACCUGUGAGAGAACUAUAUGAAAUUUCAAAGAAGGAAGAUGUUUUUGGUAAGCCAGUUCAGAAAAGUGGUAGAACAUACAUCGAAGUUGAGUUCAAAGGAAAGAAAUUUGUUGGUGUCGGGCCUAAUAAAAAAGUUGCCAAGAGAUCAGCUGCUAAAAGAGCACUUGCAUAUUUAAAGUAUAAGAAAGAAGAGACUGUUGUCAAGAAUAAAAGUUGCCAAGAGAUCAGCUGCUAAAACAGCAAUUGCAUAUUUGAAAUAUAAGAAAGAAGAGACUGUUGCAGAAAAAUCUACAUUUCGUAGGUUGUGAUAGUUGUGUUUGUGAGAAGGUUGUUAAGUACUUAUAACUAUGUAUAAAUAAUGAAAAAAAAGUAUAAAACACUAAAAAUCAUGUUGAAUGUUAUUAUCAAGUAAAAUAUUUUCUCGGA